AUGGCGAGCAUUGGAAGCGUGCUGACGUCGCUGUGCGAGGAAUACAAGAAGCGUACACCGCAGAAGCUGAAGAUCAUCGACGUCUUCCUCGCGUACAUCGUGCUGACCGGCGUCAUCCAGUUCGUCUACGUGGCCCUCGUGGGCACCUUCCCCUUCAACUCCUUCCUCUCCGGCUUCAUCUCCACCAUUGGCAGCUUCGUCCUCACCGUCUCGCUGCGCAUGCAAGUCAAUCCCGCCAACAAAUUCAGCGGCAUUAGCGAGGAGAGGGCCUUCGCCGACUUCCUCCUCUGCAACUUCAUCCUCCACCUCGUCGUCGCUAACUUCAUGGGUUAA